AUGAUGAUAACUGAGGUGCAUUGCUUUGACCUUCUCUCCUUUGUUUCAGUCCCAGUGUCCAAACCUUCACUCAGACCCCUCACUCCUCCGAUGGGUGGGCCUUCGUGCAUGGGGGAGGCUGUGACUGUGCGCUGCAGUGCAAACCAGGGCACGAACGUGGUGUAUGUUUGGUAUCAACAAGCUCAGCCUGAAGUCGCUGUGGUCUCAAACUCUCCGGAUCUAAGGCUGGAUUGUCGCUUAUCUCAGAAAAAUACACACUUUUAUUGUGUGGCCAAAAACAGCAUGGGACAGCAGCGGAGCGAUACUGUCUUUGUGCAGGUUCUCUUUGCAGCAGAGAACAACUGCAUGUAUCAGGUUCUUUUUCAUGAUCAGUAUAUCUAUCACUGCCCAGGCAGACUGACCACUGCUUCUAUCACCACGGCGACCGCCUUCCAAUCCACGGCACAUGUUUCACCCUUCAAUCAAAAUCAGACCCUUCCGAGUGGAGUUCACACCUGCAGUAGGUGCAGCUCCAGCGCCGUCAACAUUUCACAGAGACUACCACUGUGGAAAAAGCUGAUCCACUCAUUUAUUAAUGCUGAAUGCCCGAGACCCACAGGAGGAGCCAAUAUGAUGCUGGUCACUGACAUUUCGUUCCCGGCUCCGGACGGCACUAGUGUCACUUUCAAAUGUGAAGUCGGAUACAGUCCAAUGGGCUCUGGAACCGUCACCUGCUCCAACGGCGUAUGGAGUAAACUGGGGAUGAAGUGUGAAAUAAAGUCUUGUGGUGCUGAAGAUGUGAGGAAUGGAUACGUCAAGUACGAGGACAGCGCUGACUUUGGUUCUUUCGCAUACACAGUCUGUAAUUUGGGUUUUACCCCAGUGCCAUCGGGAGUAAAUAAAAUCUACUGCGGAGCUGAUGGCUGGGAAGGACGAUUGUCUGUUUGUGAACCAAUCUUAUGUGAGCCGCCAAAUUCAAUGGAGAAUGGAUACUUCAGCCCCAUAAAGGAUGCUUACGAGCACUCUGAGGUCGUCACGUACGCUUGUGAAGGAGCUCAUGUUCUGAAAGGCUCUAAAACCCUAACAUGCUCAGACAACGGCACCUUUGAUCGUGCACCACCAACUUGUGUCUUGGUGAACUGUCAAAACCCUGUGUUGGAAUUUGGGAGGAUUUCUUCCGGUUCCCCUCCUUAUAAGUACCAGACGUCGGUUUCAUUGGAUUGUAAUAAAGGCUACGACCUGCUGGGCUCCAGUGUUGUUUCCUGUGACAUCAACAGCGAGUGGAAGCCCUCGCUUCCAAAAUGCAACCCAAUUGAAUGCAAGGCUCCAGAAAUCCCGAACGGUGAGGUGGUGGGCAAGCCUGACCUCUCAUACAAGUUCUCGGAAAAGGUGACGCUGAAGUGUCUUGAGGGAUACAAGUUAAAAGGACAGAGCACACUGACGUGUGGAGAGAAGAGCCAGUGGUCUGAGCCUCUUCCUGAAUGUACACGGAAUGGUGGAGAGGGACUAAAGAUGGGGCUCAUCAUAUUGGCUGUAAGUUUUGUCGCCCAGUGGCUCCUGCAUCCCCUGUAUUAG